UUUAUAUUAAUAAUUUUAUUAUUAUUAUUAUUAUUAACUUUUUCAACAAUAAAUAUUUUUAUAUUUUAUUUAUUUUUUGAAGGGUCUUUAAUUCCAACUUUAUUUUUAGUUUUAGGGUGAGGGUAUCAGCCAGAGCGACUGCAGGCUGGGAUUUAUUUAUUAUUUUAUACAUUAUUGGCUUCUUUACCUUUAUUAUUGAGUAUUUUUUACUUAUAUAUAAAUUUUAAUUCAUUAGAUUAUUUUUUUUAUAAUAUUAGAGAUAUAUUUAAUGUUUAUAUUUAUUUAAGAUUAAUUUUAGCUUUUUUAGUUAAAAUACCUAUAUUUUUAGUACAUUUAUGAUUACCAAAAGCUCAUGUUGAAGCUCCAAUUGCAGGAUCUAUAAUUUUAGCUGGGGUAUUAUUAAAAUUAGGGGGUUAUGGAUUAAUUCGAAUAUUUAUGAUUAUUCAAUAUUUAAGCGUACAAUUAAAUUUUUUAUUAAUAAGAAUUAGAUUAGUCGGGGGUAGAUUGGUAUGUUUUUUAUGUUUAUGUCAGACUGAUAUAAAAUCUUUAAUUGCGUAUUCUUCUGUUGUUCAUAUGGGGAUUGUAAUCGGGGGAAUUUUGACAAUAACGUAUUGAGGAUAUGCUGGGGCUUAUGGGUUAAUAAUUGCUCAUGGUUUAUGUUCUUCAGGGAUAUUUUGUUUAGCAAAUAUUGUUUAUGAACGAUCCGGUAGACGAAGAUUAUUAAUUAAUCGAGGGUUAUUGACUUUAAUACCAAGACUUACUUUAUGAUGAUUUUUAAUAAGAUCAAUAAAUAUAGCAGCUCCGCCAUCAUUAAAUUUAUUAAGAGAAAUUAGAUUAUUAAACAGAAUUGUUAUAUGAUCUUGAGUAAGAAUAUUAAGAUUAUUUUUUAUUUCUUUUUUAGG